UUGGGGAUUUAUUUACCGCUACAGAUCACUCCCCCCCUAGUGGGGCAGUGACGACCCUAAGACGUGGCCAGCCAGAAGUUUAAACCCAACGAGUUUGUCGUUGGUAAACAAUCUUCUGAUAGCUUACUAAGUGUAGCAGCUUCUGGUCGUCUUUCCUUACUGUAUGGGACGGAGGUACAACAUUGUAAAAAAAGAAAAUGUACAUGGAAAAUUUCGGAUCCUCAUAAACGUCAUCGUUCUUUUCCAGCCGUCCUGGAAAAGAAAAAAGAAAAUGUAAGUGCAUGUCGAAAUACACUCGUAUGUGCGUAAAAGCACAAUGUCGGCGGAAAAAAAAUGGAAAAUAAACUCAUGAACACGUAAUAGCGUUAAAAAAAUUGUUUUUUUGUUUUGUUUUUCUUUAAAUAGAAAUAAAAAUAUAUAAGCAUAUUAAAAUUGUUUUUUUUAUUAAAAAUAAUAUAAAAUGUCGAGAAGUGCCUUACGUGCAAUGGUCGUUUAGAUGUUCUGGAAAUCUCACCCUUCUUCCAGAACGCGUCGUUUUAAGUUUAUUUUCGGAUACUGUCGAAGUAUCAUCGUGUGUGUUGGUUGUCGGAUGAGGUAUUAUAAGUGUCGGAGUCGUGUCGUUCGAUUGUACCAAAGGAAAAUCCACGUAGAUAGGAUUUCCUUCUAAAUACGCUGCUUUUAAGCGAUCGAUGCUGAUGCUAUCGUUGGUUCCGUUCUUAUCGACUAUAUAGUACUUAGAUUCACGUUGAAGAACUUUGAAGGGUCCUUCGUAUGCUGAUUCGAAGGGUCGUCGAUGCGAGUCUCGACGAAUGAAAACGUGUGUACUAUAUCGUAAGUCAGGUUGAACGAAAACAUCAGUUGAUUGAGGUCGAGUGGAAGCAGGUUUAACUGAACGCAUUGCGUUUGUAAGCCUGUUCGUGUAGGAGGUUAGAUCCAUGUUCAUUGAAGAGGAUGAAGGAUCCACGAAUUCUCCUGGAAGUCGAAGUGUCGUACCAUAAACGAGUUGAGACGCAGUGUAUCCAAUGUCAGCUUUCACUGCAUUGCGGAUACCUAGUAAGACGAGUGGAAGAUCGUCGAAAACUUAGUGCUAUUUAUUUUGGGGAUUUAUUUACCGCUACAUGCUUUUCACUUAAUUGUGACUUUCAUAGCAUCACUCCAAACUAUGACUGCACAACGACUUAUUCUAGCGUCAUAUCUUACUGCAAUAAUAAGUUAUUUCUUCUUAAUUGUUUUCUAUUUUAUUUUUGUCACUAAUUUGACGGUACAUACAUAGUCGUAUAUUCUUGUUCUGUGUUCAUAAACACGUCUAUUAAACUAUUUGCGUAUUUCACGUCUCCUUUAUUUCUAUUCCCUUAUUUUCUUCCUUUCCUUCUUUAAACUCAAUCCAAUAUUCUUCACAAUUACACAGAGCCUGAUUUAUUAUUGUUCUAUUACUAUUAUUCUCCUUUUCAAAUAUGGCAAAUAUAAUGCUAACAUUAUUGAAACUUGUGUAUUAUUGCAUUUUUGAAGAAACCCGAAAUGGUUUCUUCACAACACUUAUGUACCCAUAAGAUGUUUGUGAAUAAUAAUAAUAAUAAUAAUAAUAAUAAUAAUAAUAAUAAUAAUAAUAAUAAUAAUAAUAAUAAUAAUAAUAAUAAUAAUAAUAAUAAUAAUAAUAAUAAUAAUAAUAAUAAUAAUAAUAAUAAUAAUAAUAAUAAUAAUAAUAAUAAUAAUAAUAAUAAUAAUAAUAAUAAUAAUAAUAAUAAUAAUAAUAAUAAUAAUAAUAAUAAUAAUAAUAAUAAUAAUAAUAAUAAUAAUAAUAAUAAUAAUAAUAAUAAUAAUAAUAAUAAUAAUAAUAAUAAUAAUAAUAAUAAUAAUAAUAAUAAUAAUAAUAAUAAUAAUAAUAAUAAUAAUAAUAAUAAUAAUAAUAAUAAUAAUAAUAAUAAUAAUAAUAAUAAUAAUAAUAAUAAUAAUAAUAAUAAUAAUAAUAAUAAUAAUAAUAAUAAUAAUAAUAAUAAUAAUAAUAAUAAUAAUAAUAAUAAUAAUAAUAAUAAUAAUAAUAAUAAUAAUAAUAGAGACCUUGAAUGA